AUGUCGUCGCUAGACAAUGACGACGACGACAUUAUAUUCAUAGAAGAGACUUUUUGCGCGGCAACAACUAAGAGAAGGUCUCCUCUAAGGAUUGCUGCCGAUGCACCUGGUCCUAGUAACUACGAUAUGUCGUCGCUAGACAAUGACGACGACGACAUUAUAUUCAUAGAAGAGACUUUUUGCGCGGCAACAACUAAGAGAAGGUCUCCUCUAAGGAUUGCUGCCGAUGCACCUGGUCCUAGUAACUACGUUUCAGUCAUUGAAGAUGGAGCUGGCAUCUCCAAAAUUAUGAGAUUGGAUAGUUACGAGCGACUCUUGGAUGUGGAGGAAAUAAUCAGUUUGACGAAAUCUUCCGAGAACAGGCGUCCAUCACCUAUCGAAGUAUUGGAGCCCGUGAGUAAUGAGUUUCAAGAACCUCUGUGCAGUGAUGAUGAAAAGAACGAUGAGUUUUCAGAGAAAAGAAAGAGGAAGGUGCCGAAGAAAAAGGUCCUAUCUGAGGCUCAGCUACAGAAGCAGGCUGAAAAGAAACGAAAGGCAAUCGAGCGUGAAAUCAGUGCAUCUUUGAAAUCCAAGUGCGAACAGCACAUGUUCUGUCAUGUCAGCCGGCGAAUAUUUGAUGAAUUUGCAGAAACUGAAGUUCACACUCGUAUGCUCUUCGCGGAGAGGAACAUCCAUGAGCAGUUGAUUUGUGACGAAGAGCGUCCUGAUAUGCGGGUACUGUGGAAUCGCAAGUGCAUUGAAGCCGUCGAAAAUGAUGGAACGGUAGAGAAACGAGAAUAUUUCACUCCACAACAUUUAUUUGCGGUGGUUUUGUCUUGCGAUUCGCUCAAAGAACUUGUACGUAGUAACAGCAUGGAAGAUUUCGUCGCCACACAGAAGUUAUCUUAUCCCGUUGCGAAUUCGACACUGAUACUCAUAGUUUUUGGAAAGGAUUCUCGCCAGAUGUUUGAGUUUUCUAUCGAGCUGUUCGAUUGUUACCGAACUCAGCUGCAUUACGUCCACAGUGCGCAGGAGUUCGCCGUUUAUCUCGCUCAAAUCAGCCGUGCAUUAGCAAAAAUGGAGCGCUGCUUAGCAAGUCACGAUCGGCUUGUCAUAGAUGUAGAAAAGGGGAUUAAAGAUGCACCACCUGAUGAAUUGGUUCGCGAUUGGUGGAAUAAAAUGUUGGCAGUGAUUUGUCGUAUGCAAGAUGGACAGAGGCGAGCGCUUCUCGCUGCUUAUCCGAAUCCGUUUCUGGCCAGUCGACGAUUCACGGAGAUGGGUUACACACUUGCUGUGCGAGAACUGGCUGAGCUCCAGUCUGAAGGCGGACGUCGGCUCGGUCCUGUGAUGGCUCAUCGUCUUUUCAUGAUUCUCACUGACACUUCAGGGAUGGAAAUCGGCGACACAUCUUCUGCGAUGCAGGUCCGCCUGCAUGCUCGGAAUAUGUUUGCGUUCAUGGUUGGAGCUGCAUUCAUCUACCUGGCGUAUAUGAUAUUUUUUAAAGCUGGUGACGGCUUUCCAGAAAUUGACGUUGAUCUCAGCGAUGUUGUCAGUUAUGCUGUCUUGGCAGUGGAGAUGGGUGGAUAUGCAGUGCGCAAAAUACACGAGGAAAAUGCAUUGAAUAUCGCACAAAAGGGUUUGACGGACGAAGGAAAAGCUGAGCUACUAACUAAAGCUGAUCUUGUAUCGAAUUUUCUCAUCCUCGAUGUUUUACAGCGGUUUCCACGUCUUAAGAUCGUAACAGAGGAAAAAGAUUCGUCCAUCUCGGAAUCAGAUGCAUCACCAUAUCGAGCGGACACGUAUUCCAUGUGGUUAUCCAUCCGUGAUGUACUUGCUAAAAUUCCAUCUCAACGCCUUAUACUUUCUGACGUUCUCGUGUACGUUGAUCCGCUCGAUGCCACACAGGAAUACACCGAGGGUCUGACUGAAUACGUCACUGUAAUGACAUGUGUGGUCGUCAAGGAUGAACCGAUUUUUGGCGCUAUUUAUCGACCGUUCUCGAACGAAACUGUUGUUGGAGUCAAAGGAUGGGGUGUGAUGACGUCAUCUGGUGAAAAAUUAUCCCCGGUGGACCUAAAAGAUACAGUGAAGAAAAUAGUAGUAUCACGAUCCCAUGCAGGUGCUGUUGAAAAGCUGGCACAGCAGUCGUUCGGUGAUGAGUUUACAGUAGAACCAGCUGGAGGAAGUGGCUACAAAACUCUGCGGUUAUUGAAUGGCACUGCUGGUUUGUUUCCUAACCAUCCUAAUUUUUUAUCCCAUGCAGGUGCUGUUGAAAAGCUGGCACAGCAGUCGUUCGGUGAUGAGUUUACAGUAGAACCAGCUGGAGGAAGUGGCUACAAAACUCUGCGGUUAUUGAAUGGCACUGCUGAGCUUUAUAUUCAUCAAACUGCAAUCAAGAAAUGGGACACCUGUGCAGGAGAUGCAAUCCUUCGAGCAUUCGGAGGUGCUAUGCUCGAUCUGGAGGGAUCUCCUCUUCGGGUCGAAUGGAAUCGUGUAAGAAGUCUGUUCCGAAGUGAAGAUAUUGAAGAGUUGAAGGAAUGCCUCGCUAUACUGUCGAUGUGGAGGAGCAGAAUGGGCAACAAAAUUCCGGUGGCCUUAUCGUGCUCGGAGAUGCUUGUACGUCUUGCGAUAGCUGAGCUGCAAAUCGCCAAUGAAGCCAAUCAAUGGAUGAAAAUGGAAGAGCUCAAAAUGCAACAUUGUAUCGUAAUCAUCAGGUCUGAAGAUUUUGAAAAGAAUGUUUUGGAAAAAUAG